AUGGAAGAUUUGUCGGAUGUGAUUGUGAGGAGUGUCUGGGGAGGUAGUUGGGUAAAAUAUGACUGGGUUCCAGCAGUGGGAAGUGCCGCGGGCAUUCUUCUAAUAUGGGAUGAUAGAAGCUUGGAGGAUUUCGAUGACAAGGUGAAAGAAUGGUGGACAAGCUACGGGGUAUCAGGGACACCUUCAUUCCAUCUUUCGAAGAAACUUAAAUUGCUCAAGGGAGAUAUUAUUAGGUGGAAUAAGGAGGUUUUUGGGAGGGUAGAGGUUAAAAUGAGGGAGCUUAUGCAUGAAUUAGGGGAUCUAGAGAGAGGGGAAUGGGCGAGGGAGUUAGAUGAAUCUGAGAAAGAGAGAUUGGGGGAGGUUAAGAGGGAUAUAGUCGAGUUAGCAAUAGCUCAGGAGACCAGUUGGUGGCAAAAAUCGAGGGCGCUAUGGUUAAAGGAAGGGGAUUCGAAUACCAAAUUUUUCCACAGGGUGGCAGUUGCAAAUCGAAGGAGAAACUUCAUAGAGUCCUUAGUUGUGGAUGGGGUGAGGAUUGAGCGAGAGGAGGAGGUAAAAGGGGCGAUAGUGGGUUUUUAUGAGAACUUAUACAAAGAGGAAGUUAGUUGGAGGCCGACUUUGGGGGGAAUAGAGUUCAACCACAUAGGGGAGGGAGACAGUAAGUGGCUAGAAAGGGCUUUCGAGGAGGAGGAAGUGCACGAGGCUGUGUCGAGUUGUGCUGGUGAUAAGGUCCCCCGGCCUUGA